AUGGAUAGUUUCGUGCGGUCACAGAGCGUUAGCUCAAUUCAAUCGUUAGUUCACAGUGACGUAUGCGAAGAUAUGGCGACUAAUGAGUGUGAACAGGUAGACGAAACCGUGUUAGUACAUAGUGAGAUACAGCGGCAAGUGGAAAAAAGGUUAAGGGAAGACAGCAGCGGCAGCAAAGAUGCUGACGAAGAUGGAUUUAUUACCGUUACUAGAAAACCAAAACGAUUACUGCGUAGUUUGUCAAACAACAAAAAUCAAGAAAAUGUUACCGACAACUUUGAAAUUAUUGUAUCUUCGAAAGAUAUACUGCCCAAACAAAUAGGAAUGGCAAAGUUAUUAAAGUCUGAAAAUAUUACUAAUAUAUUGAGAAUUAAGUAUAAGGGACCUUACCGCUUAAUUAUAUCCUUUAAGGAUAAAGAAGAUGCAGAGAAGUUGUUAAAUUGUCAAAAGUUUAUGGAAUUGAAUUAUAGAUGCCAAUGGUCAAAUCAAGUUUAUUUUACAUAUGGUGUAGUUAAAGACAUCGACCUCGAUAUAGGAGAAGACGAAAUUCUUAAAUUAUUUGAAAGCGAACAAGAAAUUAUAUCUGUAAGAAGGCUCAAACGAUUAACAGACAAGGGUCAAUGGGUUAACAGCGAAGUAAUACGUCUUUGUUUCCGAAGUCCAUCUUUGCCCUCGUAUAUUUAUGGAUACGGCUGCCGGUUCAAGGUGGAAACAUAUACAUUCCCAGUCUCCCAAUGCUCGGGAUGUUGGAAAUUUGGCCACGUAAAACGAGCUUGUCCUACAAAUAAAGUAAAAUGCCCCAAAUGUGGAGGAUCUCAUGAUAACUGUGAGACUACACAAUUUGUAUGUAUAAACUGCAAUGGCUCUCACAUGGCACUUGACAAAGGAUGUCCGCUAUUUAUAAAGGAACAGGAAAUUAGAAAGUUAAUGAGCAAAAAUAACUGUAUCUACAAACAAGCUCUCAAUUUAUAUGCCCAACAAAAACUUAAAACAACAAGGAAACAAAAUCUCACUACUGUUAAUUCGAUACCAGACAAUAUAUCUUCUACUUUAAAUAGAUCAUACCGUGAUGCACUCAUGACGAAGGAAUUUAAUAUUGAUCAAUUUACAGUUAAUGAGGAAACAAAUGACUCGGACAACAAUACAGAUGAAAGAACACCAAAUAUAACAUACAAGACAGGAAAUAAACCUAAAAAGAAGAAAAAUAAAAGAAACCUAAAAUCAAUUAAUAGGGAAGUUGAAUUAGAUGACACAGUCACUGAGACGCGAACGAAUAACAAUGACGAUGAUAAGGAAAGUAAUAGAAAACAUAAAGUUCCAAUGAUUAUCAAGAUAUUGCGUAAAAUGCAACAAAUAAUUUUAUCCGAAAAAGCAUGUGAAGAAAAAAUUAUAAUGUGUACUAAGAGCAUAGUGGAAGAAAUAAUGUGUUAUGUUAUGAGUGUUAUCAGUGAGGGAGAUGUCAUUAAUAAAAUAUACAAAAUGUUUAAUAAUGGCUAG